ACAUAUGCUUGAUGCAAUGGAUAAAGAAAACCACUCAAUGGUGACUGAGUUUAUCUUCAUGGGCAUCACCCAGGACCCUCAGCUGCAGAUCAUCUUCUUCGUGGUCUUCCUCAUAGUUUACCUAGUCAAUGUAGUGGGGAACGUUGGUAUGAUUAUCCUGAUUACAACAGACACUCAACUUCAUACACCCAUGUAUUUUUUCCUAUGCAACCUGUCUUUUGUUGACCUGGGCUACUCCUCAGCCAUUGCCCCCAGGAUGCUGGCUGACUUCCUAACAAAGCACAAGGUUAUCUCCUUUUCCAGCUGUGCCACCCAGUUUGCUUUCUUUGUAGGUUUUGUAGAUGCUGAGUGCUAUGUCCUGGCAGCCAUGGCCUAUGAUCGUUUUGUGGCCAUCUGUCGACCCCUCCACUAUAGCACCCUCAUGUCCAAGUGGGUCUGCUUGGCUCUCAUGCUGGGCUCUUACCUGGCUGGCCUAGUGAGUUUAGUAGCCCACACUACCCUCACCUUCAGCCUGAGUUACUGCGGUUCCAAUAUCAUCAACCAUUUCUUCUGCGAAAUCCCACCACUCUUGGCCCUUUCUUGCUCAGACACCUACAUCAGUGAGAUCUUGCUCUUCAGUCUGUGUGGCUUCAUUGAAUUCAGCACCAUCCUCAUCAUCUUCAUCUCCUAUAUCUUUAUCCUCAUUGCAAUUAUCAGAAUGCAUUCAGCUGAAGGCCGCCUUAAGGCUUUCUCUACCUGCGGGUCUCACCUUACCGGUGUUACCCUCUUCUACGGCACAGUCAUGUUUAUGUACCUGAGGCCAACAUCCAGCUACUCCCUGGACCAAGACAAGUGGGCCUCUGUGUUCUACACAAUUAUCAUCCCCAUGUUGAAUCCCCUGAUCUACAGUUUGAGGAACAAGGAUGUGAAAGCUGCUUUCAAAAAACUAAUUGAAAAAAAUAUAUCAUAAUAACACAAAAUGAAAAUCUGUUUUUGUCAUAGGUAAAUGAUAGUAGUGGAAAAAGAUAGGAAA